GUAGUUACUCUCUCGUCCUCUUCAAUGGGUCCAGCUCACUUCUGCAACGCAACUUCCAUUGUUGAAUCAUCAAUACUAACUUAUUUCUCAACCUAACAGUUUUUCACCACCUACUGCUAUCUCCACUCCUUAUCUUCUUCUUCUUCUUCUUCUUCUGCACCUGGUUUCUUCUUCAUUACCCCAUUAAUGCCAUCUUUAGUUUCUUCUGUUUUUACUCUGUUUUCUUAGCUUCCAAACACUGGGAAGGGUUAUUCUUCUGUUAGGUUGAGUGAAAAUAGUUGCUUUGCUGGGUAGAGUGUCUGAUUAGAGAAAAUGUUUAGCUUCUCCCGUAGACGCAAGAAGCUUGGCAGAGUGAAGAAGGUUCAGCUUUCAGACGCUGCUCAGGGAUUUAGAAGUCCAAUAAGACCUCCUAAACGUACCAUUAGUUCAAAUGCUGAGUCUGAUGCGCCUGCUAAUGGUAAUUCUGAUGAACUUGAUUGCCAUGGUCCUUCUACGGCACCUGAGAUUAAUAAUUGUACAUCAGGGAGCUCUGAGAAUUGGAUGGUGUUGUCAGUUACAGGGGAAAACCCUGUUUCACGUUUAAAUCAUGCAGCAGCUGUAGUUGGGAACAAGAUGAUAGUGGUUGGUGGUGAAACUGGGAAUGGAUUGUUAGAUGAUGUACAGGUGCUUAAUUUUGAUAACUGUGCCUGGAGCACAGCUUCAUCAAAACUUUACUUGUCACCAAGCAGUCUUCCACUGAAGAUUCCUGCAUGCAAGGGCCAUAGCCUGGUUUCAUGGGGGAAAAAGGCCCUACUGGUUGGAGGAAAAACUGACCCUGGGAAUGAGAGAGUUUCUGUAUGGGCAUUUGACACUGAGACAGAAUGCUGGUCACUUAUGGAGGCAAAAGGAGACAUACCGGUUGCUCGAAGUGGUCAUACUGUGGUUAGGGCGAGCUCUGUUUUAAUCCUCUUUGCGGGUGAGGAUGCUAAAAAGAGGAAACUGAAUGACCUACAUAUGUUUGAUUUGAAGUCUUCGACAUGGCUCCCACUUCAUUGCACGGGAACGGGACCUUCUCCAAGAUCCAACCAUGUGGCAGCUCUUUAUGAUGAUAAAACUCUCUAUAUAUUUGGUGGAACUGCAAAGUCCAAAACAUUGAAUGACUUGUACUCACUUGACUUUGAAACUAUGAUAUGGUCAAGAAUAAAAAUACGAGGUUUUCAUCCAUCACCCAGAGCUGGUUGCUGUGGUGUUCUAUGUGGAACUAAAUGGUAUAUAGCAGGAGGUGGAAGCAGGAAAAAACGACAUGCAGAGACUUUCAUCUUUGAUAUUUUAAAAGUGGAGUGGUCUCAGGCCAUUUCUUCACCUCCAUCUUCUAUCACUUCUAACAAGGGAUUUAGCCUAGUGCUUGUGCAGCACAAAGACAAAGAUUUUCUUGUUGCAUUUGGAGGAUCUCGGAAAGAGCCAUCAAAUCAGGUGGAAGUACUAAUAAUGGAGAAGAAUGAGUCAUCUACGGGUAGGCGAUCUACUCCAAGUAAAAGUAAAUGUGCAGUGACACAACAGCCGUUUGGUAAAAAUCCCUUGUCUACAGCAUUUGCUACCCAUUCUUCUCAGCACUCGCUUGAUUCUGUUCCUAAACAGAAUCUGGCAUCUAUGAUUGAACAUCACGGUUCUGGUAGAAGAUCUUCAUCAGAGUCAUCACUCAUUGAUCAUAAUCCUGUUUCUGGAAUUGUCUCACUUCGCAAGCAAUUUCAUCGUGAGGAAGAAUGCAACACAGCUGUUAAGAUACCCAAGCGUUCAGAAGAAGAAAAUUCUGUUUUGCAGGCAUCAGACCAUAAAACCAUCCAAUCUGAUGCAGUAAUAUCGACCAAUGUUCCUAUUGGCAAAAUCAAUUCAGAGGAUUCUUCACUAUUUGAUUCUGAAAGUUCAAGUCUCUACAUGGAAGGCAUUGGAAACCUUACUGUUGAUAAUUAUAAUGCUAUAUUCCCAGAAACUGAUAGUAAAUCAAUGCUAUCAGCUCCUUCAAGCAUAUAUCAAUUCUAUGAGAUGAAAAUGGCUGCCCUAAUAAGGAAAAAUGGAAUUUUAGAAGGAAAGUUGGCAGCUGCUUUGGCUAGCCGAGAUGCUGCAGAGAGAAACUUAUCAGCUGCACUGAAGAGCAGACAGGAGAUGGACAAAAAGUUAUCAGACACAAUGAAGGAGACUGAGUUACUGAAGGAGAAACUAGCUGGUGUAGAGCUAGCACAAGAAGAAGCCAACAACUUAUCUAGUAUUGUUCACUCUGACAAUGUAAGACUUGAACAUGAUGUUGCAUUUCUCAAGGCAGUACUGGAUGAUACACAGAAGGAGCUGCAUUCAACCAGAGGAGUCCUUGCAGGUGAAAGGGCCAGAGCUUUCCAGCUUCAGGUUGAAGUUUUUCAUCUCAAACAACGAUUGCAGUCUCUGGAAAACCGAGCCCCCACCCCUAGGAAACCAUUCCAAGUAUAGCCUCAGAUAAGAAUAGGAACAAUAAAGGUUGUCCAUUCAUUGGGUUGGAUGAUCUUUCAGGGAGGCAGGGUUUCGAGAAGAUAAAUCCAUGGCAGCCAGAACAGUUCAGAUUUCCUUCAAACGGUUAACCUCAGCACCUUGAUGUCCUGUCUGGCUAUAUGACCCAUGAAACCUAACCAACUGAUUCGGCAUUGCGAUCUUAUUUUUGUAGUUAUGUCUUGUACAUAUGUGAAUUGUCUCAUCUGUUUCGUUUCUACUCUGGUUAUAUUUCCUCCAAUUUGUUUGAUAUGUGAAGACAACUUCAACAUUGUUAUGCAAAUAUGUGCAUUUUUUAGUAUCU